CUGACUGGAACCAAGGCUUUUAUUGCUGUAGUUUAUUUCCACCCCCUUCCCUCCUGUUCUCUCUCCCUCUUUCUUUUUUUCCGCCCUAGCUGGAUCUGUGUUGGAGGAGAGAAGAGACAGAGGAUUACAUUUGUCUCUUACAGUCUUGAAAUCUUCUAACAGCAAGAGCAGCUAAGGGAUUGUAUCUUUUUCCUACAAAAAAAAUACAUAUAUUUUAAACCAAGUCUUUUUUUCCCCCCGGCUAUCUUGGCUUUAAAGCUGUCCUCUUGAAAUUACCCCCGCCCCCCAGGAGAGAUGUCUUAUCAGGGGAAGAAAAAUAUUCCACGCAUCACGAGUGAUCGCCUUCUGAUCAAAGGUGGCAAGAUCGUGAAUGAUGACCAAUCCUUUUAUGCAGACAUAUACAUGGAAGAUGGGUUGAUCAAGCAAAUAGGAGAAAACCUGAUUGUGCCAGGAGGAGUGAAGACCAUUGAAGCCCAUUCCAGAAUGGUGAUCCCAGGAGGAAUUGACGUGCAUACUCGCUUCCAGAUGCCCGACCAGGGAAUGACGUCAGCUGAUGACUUCUUCCAGGGAACCAAGGCAGCCUUGGCUGGGGGAACCACCAUGAUCAUUGACCAUGUUGUUCCUGAACCUGGGACAAGCCUACUGGCUGCCUUUGAUCAAUGGAGGGAGUGGGCUGACAGCAAGUCCUGCUGUGACUAUUCUCUGCACGUGGACAUCACUGAGUGGCACAAGGGCAUCCAGGAGGAGAUGGAAGCUCUGGUGAAGGACCACGGGGUAAACUCCUUCCUCGUGUACAUGGCUUUCAAAGAUCGAUUCCAGCUGACAGAUUCCCAGAUCUAUGAAGUACUGAGCGUGAUCCGGGAUAUCGGUGCCAUAGCUCAAGUCCACGCAGAGAAUGGUGACAUCAUUGCAGAGGAACAGCAGAGGAUCCUGGAUCUGGGCAUCACAGGCCCUGAGGGACAUGUGCUGAGCCGACCAGAGGAGGUCGAGGCUGAAGCUGUUAACCGCUCCAUCACCAUUGCCAAUCAGACCAACUGCCCCCUGUAUGUCACCAAAGUGAUGAGCAAGAGUGCGGCUGACGUCAUCGCCCAGGCACGGAAGAAGGGAACUGUGGUGUAUGGUGAGCCCAUCACUGCCAGCUUGGGGACUGAUGGCUCUCAUUAUUGGAGUAAGAACUGGGCCAAGGCUGCUGCUUUUGUCACCUCCCCACCCCUGAGCCCCGACCCAACCACUCCAGACUUUCUCAACUCCUUGCUGUCCUGUGGAGAUCUCCAGGUCACUGGCAGUGCCCACUGUACCUUCAACACUGCUCAGAAGGCUGUGGGGAAGGACAACUUCACCUUGAUUCCUGAGGGUACCAAUGGCACAGAGGAGCGAAUGUCUGUCAUCUGGGACAAAGCUGUGGUCACUGGGAAGAUGGAUGAGAACCAGUUUGUGGCUGUGACCAGCACCAACGCAGCCAAAGUCUUUAACCUUUACCCCCGAAAAGGUCGCAUCGCAGUGGGAUCUGAUGCAGACUUGGUCAUCUGGGACCCUGAUAGUGUGAAGACCAUCUCUGCCAAGACGCACAACAGUGCUCUUGAGUACAACAUCUUUGAAGGCAUGGAGUGUCGUGGUUCCCCGCUGGUCGUCAUCAGCCAGGGCAAGAUUGUCUUGGAGGAUGGCACGCUUCACGUCACUGAAGGCUCAGGACGCUACAUCCCCCGGAAGCCCUUCCCUGACUUUGUGUACAAGCGCAUCAAGGCAAGGAGCAGGCUGGCUGAGCUGAGAGGGGUCCCUCGUGGCCUGUAUGAUGGACCAGUGUGCGAGGUGUCUGUGACACCCAAGACCGUCACUCCAGCCUCAUCAGCUAAGACAUCCCCUGCAAAGCAGCAGGCACCACCUGUUCGGAACCUGCACCAGUCUGGAUUCAGCUUGUCUGGUGCUCAGAUUGAUGACAACAUUCCCCGCCGCACCACUCAGCGCAUUGUGGCGCCCCCUGGUGGCCGUGCCAACAUCACCAGCCUGGGCUAAAGCCCCUAGGCCUGCAGGCCAGAUGGGGAUGGGGGAUGGGACACCUGAGGACAUUCUGAGACUUCCUUCCUUCCAUUUUUUUUUUUUUUUUAAAGAGCCUGUGAUAGUUGCUGUGGGCAGCCAGUUCCUGGGGCUUACUCUUGGGCCCCCACACUCGGUCUCCCCUUGGAGUUUCUGAAUUCGCUCACCCAAGUCCCUACUACACAGUUAUGAACACACCCAAGCCUAGCCACCCAC